AGUCGAGGCUCCCACGUUAUCUUAUCUGUAACACAGCCGUAUUGAUUUAAGCAGUAAUGGCUGAACGAGUGUUGUCAACACCUACACUGUUUAUUUGCAUUUGAAUUCCUUUUGUUAUUUUUUUUUUAUUCUAAUUAUAUGACAAUUAUUAGAGACGGCUUGACAUAGUAAACAAUGUUUGGGUUCAAAGCAUCGCUUAACUUCUAUAAUGGCAGUAGACGGAAAUCGAAGAAAGAACGAGCUGAGAUUGGCGCCGUGCUCUCCGUUACUGGUGCCUACAGAACCAAUAGAGAUGACUCUUUCGGCUACAACUACCCAGAGAUGCGGAAAUCAACACCAGCGCUAUACAACCAACCGCCACCCGCGGCCGCACCCCCAGUUCGACCAAUGAGACAAGCGAAAAGCACAAGCAACCUGAUCCUUGACAAAAACCUCCCACCGAACUUAAGACCAGAGAACCCAGGAGUAUCCAAGGACCCACGAGGAGCAGAACAAGACCCUCGCAACAAUAGAAUCCCAGACAAAAGUAAAGAAAGAAAACUAGACGCACAAAUAAGAGUAGAUAAACAGAGACUUGAAGAACAAAAGAAGUUAGAGAAACAGCGGAUAGAAGAACAGAAGAAAUUGGAGAAACAGAGAGCAGCGGAGCAGAAGAAGAGAGAUAAGUUGGCGAUGAAAGAGCAAGCAAGACAGGAGAAGUUAAGGAAAGAGAUGGAGAAGCAGAGCAAAAAGGGUAAGGCGCCGCCACCGCCAUUACCUCCUGGGGGGAAUCCUGUUGCGCCAGUACGACAGCCUCAACCGCAAGCAUUAUUACCGCCCGGAGCCAACCCAGUCGCGCAACUACGACAGCAACCGCAACCGAGCACAUCGAAUGCACAACCAGCACAAAUGACACACUCAACAAAUACUCUAGAAAGUUCUAUCAGUAAGAGCAGUGGGCCCCCUCCGUACUCUGCUUCGAGACCAGAAGGAGAAAAAGAUGCGACCGGCAACGUCAUUUACACGAAGCCAGAUGAAGAGGAUAGUUGGGAUAUGAUAUCAAAACAUAGAGAGAAUAUGAACAGGGCUGCAGCCGCUGCAGCAGCCACAGCAGCUGCGAAAUCUUCUGCCAAGCAAACAGUAAUGGACUUGAACUAUAAGGUCGGUGAUGAUAGUAAAGACAAUAGUGAAGCUUGACACGAUAUAAACUGAGUUUUGUUUAUAUUUUUGUAUAUUAUAGUUACUAAGCGUUAAUAUGUUCGUUGUUUUUCUAUUUAAGAAAUAAAUUUAUAUUUUCAUAGUAAAUUACGUCUUUUGUAUUGUC